UCACCUGACAUGGCUCUCCCCGUACGGUAUGUUUUCUAGUCCCCCCUCAACAUCUGCCAUUCAACUUGUCCCUUCCCACCUACUCAAUCCUUUCCGUGUGACCACAACUACACCGUGCACAAGACAUCGCAAUCUGUGUAGGAACCCCGUCACUUCACCUCUACUCUUGUCUUCCAGCAACCUAUUGUACUUUGCUAUUGUCUCCCCCGCCUUCCCAUCUCUUCCUUUCUGACUCUCAACCUUCUUCUUCUUCUAUACCAACAACCAGCACAUCAAAAGAAACUUCUUCCCAUUCAAUUCUCCCGUCGCAAUCGCGACCAGAAUCCCAUUACCAACGCACUACGAAAGCUCCAAGAACACCCGCCAAUACCAAGUUCGCCAUCAUGAGUUCUGUUCAAGGCGAGAAUUCAGAGACUUCUCCUCUGUCCUCUCCCGCCACUUCUCUCGAUACACCUCCCAGCGCAUGGUACGGCAAGAAGCUUGCUGAGGCAACCGCCGAGACUGCCACUGUCAACGCCAUCGCUCAGGUCGACACCCCCUCCGGCAAGGGCAACAACAAGAAGCGCCGUCUUUCAUCUCCCGUCAAAUCUAAUACCACCCGCACCAAGAAGCCAAAGGUGACUCCACCAACCCCAGUCUCAUCCCGACCUUCCCGCGUGCGCAAAGCUCCUGUCCGCUUCGCCGAAGAAUCUGUCUCUACUCCACCCAAGAAGUCCCGUGGAACUGCAGUACCCCGGAAGCCGCGGUCCAAGGUCUUCGAUCCCGAGUACGUGACUACAAACCCCAAAUCACGCAUCACCAAGACGGAUCUUUACCACCUUCUCAUGGAACCCUCCGCCUGGAACAACCUGACUGCUCCCCAGCAUCAGCGCGUCAUGUCUCUGCUACCUCCCUCGGCUUCUUUCCACCCUGUUUCAUCUUCCAGCUCUGCCUCCGGCUCUGGCGACACCCCUCUGUUCCCGCGCCCUGAAAUCCUCGGCUCAUGCUCUGACAUGUUCCGCACCGAUGUGGCCAAGUUCCAGGAAGAGCUUGAGGCUGGCCAGCUUACCAAGACCUGGCAGGCUAGCGCCACACAGGCUAUUCUUGACCGAGCUGAGGGCAAGUUCGAUGUCUGGAAGGCCGCUGAGGCUGAGUUGUGGUGGGGUCAGAAAUGAGAUUUAAAUCUGGCUCUGUCAGACUUGUCUCCCUCUUAUAUGUGCUUGUUGUCUGCGCUUGAUAUCAGUUGCAAGAGAACAUGAAGCACGUUCAGUAACAUGGUGGUAUGCGAUUUGCAUGAGGUCUCAUUUCCUUUUUCUUUUUUCUUUUUCUUUACUCAUCGAAGAUCGACUACGAGGUUUUUCUCUCAAUUGUCGAAUGCAUCACAGGCGAGGAACAAUAGAUCCCCUGCAUCUUUCUGUCUUGUCUGCUUUUCCUUUCAUCAUCAAUACACAUACACAUCUGCGUCGGUUCUCGGCCUUUUGAGCCCCCAUUCUCACAUGGAGAAUAUCUACCGGCUCACAUCCACAUACACAUGGUUUUUCUUUUUUCACAUCAUAGCUGAAGCGAAUCUUCAGCACAGCGGUUUCAGAAGUCCGUUUGCUCUCUUGCUUGUUACGAUUACGGAAUUCUCAGCAGAUGGGAUCGCAAGUGGGCUGGACCUGAACAUGGCGCUUCUCCUCAUUCCUUGAUAUAUGGAAAGGAGAGUUUGUUUGAUUGUUUUUCUUUUUCUUCCCCACUC